AUGCCUCCUCUUGUGCCACGCAAACGUUUGCGUGAGUCGUCACCCCCAGGACAAGGCAGAGUAACAAAAGCAGCUAAAGAGAAGCCCGAUGCAUCGCGGCGCAAAGCAACACUUUACGACGACUUAGACGCAUCCGCGACACCCAAUUCAAAUUCAGUUCUCCAUGGUUUUGACAAUGAUGACGAUGAUGGAAGCUCUUUGACCUCUUUGUCGGAUGAUGAAUUUGAGGAUGUUGUGCCACCAAAGAAACCAAAGGGCAGCGAUGAUGAUUCUGGAGACGACGAUGACAUCCAAUUUGAGGAUGUCGAAGCACCAGUUGCACCUUUGCCGGACGCCCCGGUAACCUCUGGAGACCUUGAAUUGAUACUCACGCGUGAUACACGAAUUUCACUCACAAACGCAUUCGAUAGAAAGGGACCCUCAAAGCGUGAAAGAAAGGUUCGACAUGCCUCGCACUGCGUUCAUGUCAUGCUACUUCUGUGGCAUAACGCUUCCCGAAAUUCAUGGCUUUGCGAUCCUGAAGUGCAGGCGACUAUGAUUUCUCAUCUAACCCCCAGGCUCUGGGAUGAGGUGGACCGAUGGAGGCGCAACAGUGGCCUUGAAAAGAAGCCGCCGCCUAAAAAGCCAAUAAAGGAUAACAACAAAUCAAGAGGGAAGGGCAAAAAAGUACCCGAUAGAAGAUUGCGCGACUGGGGAGCUGAGGCUGAGAGACUGGAACCAGGUGCUGUCGAUAUGAGUCAUGGAGAUCCCCUGUUCCGACUCAUGCAAACACUCUCUGCUUGGUGGAAACAGCGGUUUCGAAUUACAGCACCAGGGCUUAGAAAAUGGGGAUACAUGUCUCUUGAACGGCUAGAUCGUCUGACAAAGGCACAAAAAGCAGAACCUCACGAUCCGGAGCAAUUCGGCGAGAAUAUCUCAGGCCUAGAAGGAUUGAGAUGUUGUGCCCGAAGCUGUGAGGGCAGCCGAGAUGUAGGUGCCCAACUGUUUACCGCUUUACUUCGCGGACUAGGUCUAGAAGCGCGCAUGGUUGCGAACCUGCCUUGUCUAGGAUUUGGGUGGAACAAACUUGAAGAGGCCGAGCCGGAAAAGAGCGACAGCAUGAACCAGACAAAGCCUACUCUAGAUAAGAAGGCAAAAACGACUACGAAAACAGCAGCUGUGACAAAAAAGCAGUCCAAUAAAAAGACAACACAGGCUGCUAAAAACACAACACGAAAGCCGAAACCAAAACCCGAGGUUGUAAACGAUUCGGAGGAUUUAGAACUUGAAUACAAGGACACUGACGACGAGUCGGUUGUGGAUAUGGAGGUCACGCCGAGAAAGAUAUCGACCAAGAAGUUUGAUACGGAUAUGGAUUUUCCACAUUACUGGACUGAAGUCUUGUCACCAGUCACGAAUAAGUACCUGCCUGUCGAUGCGAUUGUCAAGAAUGUGGUCGGGACGAAUCGAGAUUUGAUAGAGUCUCUGGAGCCUCGUGGAGCAAAAGCCGACAAGGCACGUCAGAUAAUGGCGUAUAUCAUUGGGUAUUCGCAUGACGGUACCGCCAAGGACGUCACAGUCAGGUAUCUGAAGCGGAACAUGCUUCCUGGUCGCACAAAGGGAGUCAGAAUGACGCCGGAAAAGGUCCCCGUCUACAAUCGACAUGGGAAGAUCAAGCGAUACGAUCAGUUCGACUGGUUCAAAACUGCAAUGUCAGGAUACCAACGAGGCAGCAAGAAGCAUCCCAUUACUGAGAUCGACGAAGCCGAAGAAGCGACAGAUUUGAAGCCAGCCAAACCAGAAAAGAAGGAGGUCAAGGAAGGCCAAGAGACUUUACAAUACUACAAGCAGUCAAAGGAGUUUGUCCUAGAGCGCCACUUGAAACGCGAGGAGGCUCUUAAACCCGAAGCAAAACCCGCAAAGAUGUUCAAGAACAAGGGAAAGGGUGGCAAGGUGGAGGAAGAAGACGUUUUCCUACGCAGCGAUGUCCUGAACGUCAAGAGUGCCGAAACUUGGCACAAGCAGGGCCGGGCACCAAAACCUGGGGAGCAGCCAUUGAAGAGGGUUCCCUACCGCGCAGCUACCUUGAACCGCAAAAGGGAGAUAUUGGAGGCGGAAGCUGCUACAGGAGAAAAGGUUCUGCAGGGCCUCUACAGUUGGGAGCAAACAGACUGGAUCAUUCCACCACCAAUCAAGGACGGGGUCAUUCCCAAGAACGAAUACGGGUAUGAAUUCAUUUAUGAGAAAGUCUUUGAACUCGCUAACUAUGUUAAUAGGAACAUUGACUUGUUUGCCGAACAUAUGUGUCCUAAGGGUGCUGUACAUGUGCCCUUUCGUGGGGCAAUACGAGUUUGCAAAAAGCUUCAAAUCGACUACGCAGAGGCUGUCGUGGACUUUGAAUUUGGCCACCGUAUGGCUGUUCCCGUCAUCCAGGGCGUCGUCAUCGCUGAAGAGAACCAUGAUAUGGUUAUGGUUGAACUCGAAAAGGAUGAAGCAGAGCGCGCCCGAAAAGAAGACGAGAAAAGACGAAAGAAGGCACUUACACAAUGGCGUCGUUUCCUUAUGGGCAUGCGCAUAGCAGAACGAAUUAGACAGGAGUACGGAGAGAUCACCGACGACAUAUCUGUGUUUGGGCAUGCUAGGGACUCAGCCCAUUCGAAGAAGCCAGCAUUGGUACCGGAUGAGGAUAUGGCUGGUGGAUUCCUUCCAGAGGGCUACGAAGAAGAAGUCGAGGAGGAUCAAGGAUUACCGGCACACCAUACUUCGAGCUUCUUCCCUGCUGUCGACGAAUAUGACGAAGGUGACGAUGGACUCGUGAUGGAGCACGGCGGGGAAGAUCAACAGAGAAUGACGGUCCAAAUGGAUAUUGACGGUGAAGAAGUAGCCUCCCCGAAAUCUCAGGCUGACGCAGGGCUGGACCCCGAACCCAAGGCAAAGUCAGAGCCUGAAAUGGAUCAAGACAUGGAGCAAGAAGAGCUCAACCUGGAAGCAAAAUCCGAGUCAGAAUCCGAACAGCCGCGCACAAGCGCAAGAUCAAGAAAAGGGGCUCCCAAGAGACGAAUAAAAAACGAACAGCAUGCACCUGUGCAUGCGACUCGUCGAUCGACACGGAGCGGCCGCAAGGUUGUCUCAUAUGACGAGGAUGGUGUGAAUAAUGAUGAUGAGAUAGCGGAUUCUCAUGCUGAAUCUGAGGAAGACUAG